AUGGCGGGCCAUGCAUUUUGUUUCACGAAAAAACUCUCACCCACAGACGUUUCACGCAACUUGGAGAUACCAAAUGGGGCACUUGACUUACCUCAAGGAAAUGAGAUCAUACAUGUACUCGACCCAACUGGAGAGACCACCUGGGAGUUUAUAUGUUCAACAAGGAGCGGUGGUAGACGCUUGAUGACAUAUCAAUGGCGCAAUUUUGCAGAGAAGAAGAGACUUAUGCCCGGUGACGUACUCCGACUGCAACGGUCGACAAUCGGAAAUGUGUAUCUCAUGGAGCUUGAACGCCGUAGCAUCCGACUCUUUGGGAAGGGUUCUUUUCUUUCAAUUUUGGAUGCUACAACGAUUGAUUUUGGCGGAGACGGUGCUGGAGGUAGUGGUCGUGGUGAUGACUCACGGUGGUGCAAUGGUCGAAUUUCAUCAAAAUUUAAUUAUAUAUGCUACGUCAAAUUUGGUCGAAUAUAA